UCCAAACCGGGAGCGACUCAUGUGUUAGUGAAGCGAGAUCAGUCAAAAGAAGAAAAGGCUUAUUUUUUCAUUGUUCCUCAGAUCGAAGCGAAGAAGAAGAAGAAGAAGAAGAAGAAGAGCAGCUUAGCAAAAAUGGCGGCGAAACCGAUUGCGAGUCCGAUUCCGGUGGCGCUGUAUCCGACUUUGUCCGUUUUCACUUUGACGAUUGGACUCGUCAUUACUGCUAUCUUCUUCAUCUACGAAACUACCUCAUCCAGGAAAAACCGAAGCCUCGGAAAGGAGCUAGCUACUUCAGCAGUUGCAUCUGUUUUCUUGGGUUUUGGAUCGUUGUUUUUGCUUCUUGCUAGUGGUGUUUAUGUCUAAUCCUUCUUCCUCAGUAUUAUUGCCAUCUAGUUCAAAGACAAAAACAAGUUACAGAUUUAUCUAUCUUUGUUCAAGUGAAAUCAGAGUUAUGAAUGUUGUUAGACUUUGAGAAGUAGUCUUUAAACACCAAGUUGCAAACUUGCAAUUAAUUAUCUUGUGCUUUUGAGUGCUAAUUAUCGACU